GCUUCAGAUGAAACAGGCCUUAUGUUUACUAACUCAAAAUGUUUACGAAUGUCAAAAUAACAGAAUAAAUUUGUUUCAAUGUAAAAACAUGUCUUAAAACGAUUUUCAAAUCAAAUGUUUUCCAAAAUGUAUGAUUUACAUUCGAUUCCAUAUGAACGUAAUUCCAGGGAAAAUCGUGAUCGUACAAAUACGAAACAUGCAAAAUGCACAUGCUGUCCAUAUGGCUAUCAUAUCGAUCUAGAUUUUGUCCGAUAUUGCGAAUCACUGGAAUUGGAUGGAUCAGUUAGUGAACAAGACAGUGCCGCAUUUCGACGUCGUGAACGUCGACGACAACGGCAAUCCAUGGAAGUACUCUUAGGUUUAAUUGCAACACCUGCAAAUACACCACAAUCGUGUAACGAUGCGCAACGAACCAACGAAUGGAUUAUACCCGAAAAGAAUCAACAACAAUCGUACAUGGUCGACGAAGCUUUACAAGAUGUCGUCUCCGAUUUUGAGCGUACCUUAGCUAGUCACAAUAGUCUGGAAGGUGGCCGUCCAAACUACAAAGAUCAUCGAAUGAAUUCAACGAACAAUGGUCCUAAUUUAUAUAAAUCAAAUUUUAAUUAUCCAAAAUCAUCAUCACAACAAAAUUCCGAAUCAACAUCCGCUCUACAUACAAUCCGCGAACAAAUGGCAUUAAGUUUAGAACGUAUGCGUAAUUUAGAAGAACAAGUACAAACGAUACCUAUUUUACAAGUACAAAUAUCCGUAUUAAAAGAGAAAAAUCGUAAUUUAAUUGCACAAUUAUUAAAAUAUGAGAAAAACGAUUCAUCGUUAAUGGUGCAAUCGUUACAUAAUAAAACGUUACAUAAUAAUAGUUUGUCACGGAUACGUUCGUCGUCAUUCUCCGAUGUAUCGAUUAAAAAUCUAACACCAAAACGAGACGUUGGUAUUACUUGUACAGUGAUAACACGCGAUAUUGGUGUUGGAAAUGGGAAACAACAUCAAAAAGCUCUUGAUUCCAGCACCCAAACGGUUCAGAAAGCUUUGACGAUUUCGAAAACAUCACAAACUACAUCGAUAUUACCGGUAACACGGCAUACAAUCGGAAUACAAGCGAUUAAUGAUACAUCACAGCUACAUAUCGCGGAAAAACGUGAUAUCGGUGUACAGUGUGUUACAAGUAAAACGGUACAUGUUGGAAUUAAUGUAAAACCGCAACAGAGUAACGUACAUACAUCACCAAAACCAUCACCAACGGUCCAUGAUGUUGGAGUGGGAACGUCUUCAGUAUCACUAAGUACUGUUUUAAAUUCAUCGAUGACACGGAGUAAAUCGUUUAACAUGGGUGAAAAUCAAUUGAAUUUAUCAAAACGGAUGCGAUCCACUGGAACACAGUAUACAAUGGAUAAUCGUAUAAAUCGUAGUACACAGACCCAAGUACAGCGUGUACCAAAUAAAACAGAAGCAUCACAAUAUGAAAUACCGUCGGGUACGUUUAUAAAUCGUGGCUGUCAAAGUGCACAUGUACAAACUGAUGUUAAAUCAUGUGAUACGAUUGAUUUACGAACAACGGUUGAUGUUGGAAUUGUGGCAAAUUUGACAACAGUUCCGCAGCCAGCAACUACAACUAGUAAUCUAAAAAGAUCUGAUUCUUCGUCGUCGACGUCAUCACCGACUGUGUCACGUAUACCUAGACCUCAAACGUUGGUUUCGACGCCACCUGAACAACGGAAAUUACAACGACAGAUAACUUAUACAAAAAUUCCAGCGGUUGAAGUUGUUAAUUCUGAGCCGAGUGAACAAAAACAUGAUGUCAGUGAAAAAAUUGUAGAAAAUUCGAAUGAAACUCAUGAAGAAAAUGAUAUGAAUAAUACGACCCAAAUUUUAACAACUUCGUACUAUAAUUCGAUGGAUCUGCCAGAAAAUAGUUAUUUACUAACAGAUUCAUCUGACAUGAAACCACGUCAAAAGGUCCAACCAAGCAAAGAAAUGCGUGCAGCUAUGAAAGUGGUCAAUGAUUUCUUAUUGAAGAAUUCGAAUAAGAAUGUAAAUCAUUUGAAAAGUGCCAGAAAUAUUAUCCAACAAGAAUGGUUUAAAAUAUCUAGUACUGUUCAUGCGAAUCCAAUGGAUAUCGAGGAUUAUAUGGAUGCUAUAGAGGAAGUAUCAAAUGAAUUGUUACAUUACGUUGUUAAUAUGAUUGAUAAUAGUGGUAAUACAGCAAUGCAUUACGCAGUAUCACAUGGUAAUUUCGAUGUAGUGUCAAUAUUACUCGACUCAAAAGUGUGUAUGAUUAACUGUCCAAAUUCCGCUGGAUACACCGCAAUUAUGUUACUCUCCUUAGCGGAAGUUCGUUCACCAACUCAUUCGAACGUAAUACGCAAACUUUUCCAAUUGGCUGAUGUAAAUAUCAAGGCAAAACAACAUGGUCAGACUGCGUUAAUGUUAGCCGUUUCACAUGGUCGAUUAGAUAUGGCGACCUUAUUGUUAGAAGCGGGCGCAGAUGUCAACAUUCAAGACGAAGAUGGCAGUACAGCAUUAAUGUGCGCCGCAGAACAUGGUCACAUUGAUAUUGUACGAUUGUUCCUGGCACAACCAGAUUGCGAUUCCUCCAUACAAGAUGUGGAUGGGAGCACUGCUUUAAAAAUCGCUUUAGAAGCGGGACAUCGUGAUAUAGGUGUGUUGUUGUAUGCACAUGAGCGCAUGACUAGUGGAGCAUCACCGUAUGCGUCGUUACAUCGUCAACGGAAAACUGCUGCACGAAGUAAACCGCCAUCACCUAAAUUACCACGAUCACCAAUUUCAACGACACCCUCGACGCCCAAACAUUGAAUCUUUUUAUUCCAUUCUUAUUUUAUUCUAAGAUUUUGCUCUCUUUAUACACUGUUGUCCAAAAAAAGUGUAGCACUUAAGGGGCUAUUCUGGUCUGGUCUAGUUUAACAAAUUUUUAAAAUUUUUCGAAAAAAGUCAAGUGCGGCGAAGAGCUGUAGAUAAUUUCGUUGACAUUUCGGAAAAAUUUGAAUGUUUCUAAGUGCAUCACUUUAUUUAGCCGACAUUGUUGUUUUAGAACUGAUUACAGAAACAUUUAAUUCAGAUCUAGAACCAUAAAAAGAGGACAAACUCGAAUGCAUUUAUUAUAUAAUAAGUUCGAAAAUUUUGGGAAUGAUAAAAUAUUCCGGAAAAUUCAAGAUAAACAUCCGUCUUAGGAAUUUAGACUCUCAUAAUAAAUUAUUCGCGUAUUCUUCUCUCGUGGAGUUUUUCCCUGGGCAAAGACCUUAUUCCACAAGUAAUAUAUUGUACUUUUCCAAGGUGAUGGCGGAGGGUGACAAUUUCUAAAUCUUUCUGAUUUUUCGAGCCUCGAAAAAAUAAUACAAAAGUCGUGCCAUUCGAUGUUUAUCAUGAAAUAUUUUAAUCAUUACAGGACUUUUCGAAUACAUUGUAUAAAAUAAAUAGGGUCCAAUUUUUUUGUUAGGACUACAUUGUGAUCGAAUCACGUUUUUUAUUUUGACCUGCAUGCUUUUAACCACACAAAAUUAGAAUAUUCUAAGAUUCGAACCUGUGCCUCUUAACUUCCUAAUACCUUUAACUGAUCACAAUGGAAGUCUAAGGGAUUCUUUUCAUGCUUAAUCCUCAUUUUAUAACGAUUCAAUUUAGUCUUUGUAGUCACAAGGUAGCCCAUUUUCUCAUUCCUAUCACAAUUUUCGAAACCUGAAGGAUCUAAUUUUUUAAGAAAAUGUGACAACUUUCUGAGUUUUAAAGUUUUUCUGCACAAUAAGAAGUGCAUACCGUGAGGUCCAAAAAAAUGGACCACUCGCAAAUCUUCCGUCAUUUUAAUUAAAAGUGAAAUACUUUCAGCUCUUAACGAGUUGAGAGUCGAAAAAAUGGACCACCCUGUGACUAAUUUGGAUAAUCCAAAUAAAAAAAGCAUGAAAAGAGUCUUUGA